AUGGCUCGUACAAAGCAGACCGCCCGUAAAUCCACUGGAGGCAAGGCCCCACGUAAACAGUUGGCUACCAAGGCCGCCCGUAAGAGCGCCCCAGCCACCGGAGGAGUAAAGAAACCUCACAGGUACAGGCCAGGAACAGUCGCUCUCCGUGAAAUCCGUAGGUACCAGAAGAGCACCGAGCUCCUCAUCAGGAAACUGCCAUUCCAGCGUCUCGUCCGUGAAAUCGCCCAGGAUUUCAAGACCGACCUGAGGUUCCAGAGCUCUGCUGUUAUGGCUCUUCAGGAGGCUAGCGAAGCUUACUUGGUCGGACUUUUCGAGGACACCAACCUGUGCGCCAUCCACGCCAAGCGUGUCACCAUCAUGCCCAAGGAUAUCCAGCUGGCUCGCCGUAUCCGCGGAGAACGUGCUUAAGCAGUACAUCUGUACACUACUUCCCAAAACGGCCCUUUUCAGGGCCACCAAAAUUCCAAAAAAGUUCCACUUGCUCUCGAAUUUACGCUAUCAUACAUACUUACAAUCAGAUGGAAGUAUAACCAUCAACUUUAUUAAAGAAAUUAAAUUCAAUACAAUAUUGGAAUUUUUAAUUAGUAAUAUUAUU